AAAUUAACAACCGUCACUUUUUCUUUUUCUUUUUCUUAUUAUAUAUAAAAUAUUUCACUCGUUUGGUUUCAUUAGGUGAGUGAAACUUUAUUAUAUACACACAUCACAUUAUAAAUUUAUAAUUUACGUACCAAAAUUUUAAAAUAUAAAGAUGGCAAAACACACACUUCCUCAGCUAGAUAUCGCACAGUGCGCGAGAGCCAUGAAUCUCGUCGCGGCGGUAAUCAUCCUAUGCUGCGCGGUGCUGAUGCACCCCUCUUCAUCGCAGCAGCAAUCACUGAUCCUCCCCCUCAAAGCCACGCAACUCCCGCCGCCGCCGCGCCCCUCCAACAAGCUCUCCUUCCACCACAACGUCUCCCUCACCGUCGCCGUCGCCGUCGGCACGCCGCCGCAGGCGGCCACCAUGGUGCUCGACACCGGCAGCGAGCUCUCCUGGCUCCACUGCCGCAAGACCCCCGCCGCCCCCCUCGCCUUCGCCCCCGCCCUCUCCGCCUCCUACCGCCCCACCCCCUGCUCCUCCCCCACCUGCACCGCCCGCACCCGAGACUUCCCCGUCCCCGCCUCCUGCGACGCCGCCAAGCUCUGCCACGCUGUCAUCUCCUACGCCGACGCCUCCUCCGUGGAGGGGAAUCUCGCCGCCGACAACUUCCACCUCGACGGGUCCGGGUCCGGGUCAAACUCCUACCCGGGUAUGAUAUUCGGGUGCAUGGACUCCGGUUCAUCGUCGAACCCGGAGGAUUUAAAAACCACCGGUUUAAUCGGGAUGAACCGGGGCGGGUUAUCCCUGGUCUCCCAAACCGGUUUUAAGAAAUUCUCGUAUUGCAUAUCCGGCCGCGACUCCUCCGGCGUGCUCCUCUUCGGCGACGCCGACUUCCCGUGGCUGGCGCCGCUGAACUACACGCCGCUGGUGCAGAUGUCGACGCCGCUGCCGUAUUACGACCGGGUCGCGUACACGGUCCAAUUGGAGGGGAUCCGGGUCGGGAACCGGGUUCUCCCGCUCCCGAAAUCGGUGUAUUUACCCGACCACACCGGGGCGGGUCAGACGAUGGUGGAUUCGGGCACUCAGUUCACGUUCCUGCUCGGCCCGGUUUACGACGCGCUAAAAAGCGAGUUUUUGAAGCAGACGAAGGGGAUUCUGCGGCCGCUGGGGGAUCCGAAUUUCGUGUUUCAGGGGGCGAUGGACGCGUGCUUCAGGGUGGAGCUGGGCGGGAAGGCGGCGGCGGCGGCGAUGCCGGCGGUGACGAUGAUGUUUAAAGGGGUGGAGAUGAGCGUGAGCGGGGAGAAGCUGCUGUACCGGGUGGCGGGUAUGACCCGGGGAAAUGACGGGGUGGGUUGCUUGACGUUUGGGAAUUCGGAUCUUUUGGGGGUGGAGGCGUACGUGAUCGGGCACCAUCACCAGCAGAAUAUGUGGGUCGAAUUCGAUUUGGUUAAUUCCCGGGUCGGACUCGCUGACUUCAGCUGCGACUUGGCUGCGCAGAAAUUGGGCCUAUGAAUUUCCCUCCUCGUUUUUAAAUCUAGGUGCAUUCUUUUUAAUUGUAAAUUUAUUAUAAAAAAUGAUGGAAAAAAUUUUUGUUUA